AACACCGAGCAUCACAACGUUCCCACCAGCACUGAAGGGUCACUGCUCCAAGAUGUGCUCCAGACAAAGCUCUGGAGGCUGCCAUGGAAUGUCCUCCCAGUCCAGUGGAUGCCACAGCGAGGGCUCUGGUUGCCACGGGAGCGGCUCCUCCAGUUACCAGUCCCAGGGCUCCUCCUGCUGCGGGGGACAAGGGGGUUCUGGCAAAGUCAUCAUCAGCUCUGGUGGUGGAGGAGGUGGAUCCUGUUGUAGUGGGGGCUCCUCCAGCUAUGGGAUGGGAGGGGGAUACGGUGGUGGGUCUUCAGGAUCAAAGGGCAUCAUUGGAGGUGGAGGCAGUGGAGGAUCCUCUGGGUGCUGCAGUGGAGGAUCCUCAGGUUAUGGCAUGGGUGGAGGAUACGGUGGUGGCUCUUCAGGAUCAAAGACCAUUAUUGUAGGCGGAGGUAGUGGAGGAUCCUCUGGGUGCUGCAGUGGGGGCUCCAGCUACGGGAUGGGAGGGGGAUAUGGUGGUGGCUCUUCAGGAUCAAAGACCAUCAUUGUAGGGGGAGGCAGUGGAGGUUCCUCUGGAUACUGCAGUGGAGGAUCCUCAGGUUAUGGCAUGGGUGGAGGAUACGGUGGUGGCUCUUCAGGAUCAAAGGGCAUCAUUGCAGGGGGAGGCAGUGGAGGAUCCUCUGGGUGCUGCAGUGGAGGAUCCAGCUAUGGGAUGGGAGGAGGAUACGGUGGUGGCUCUUCAGGAUCAAAGGGCAUCAUUGUAGGGGGAGGCAGUGGAGGAUCCUCUGGAUACUGUGGUGGAGGAUCCAGCUACGGGAUGGGAGGAGGAUACGGUGGUGGCUCUUCAGGAUCAAAGACCAUUAUUGUAGGCGGAGGCAGUGGAGGUUCCUCUGGAUACUGCAGCGGAGGAUCCAGCUACGGGAUGGGAGGGGGAUACGGUGGUGGCUCUUCAGGAUCAAAGAGCAUCAUUGUAGGGGGAGGUAGUGGUGGUUCCUGUGGUGGAGGAUCUUCAGCUUAUGGCAUGGGUGGAGAAUAUGGUGGUGUAUCUUCAGGAACCAAGAUCAUAAUGGGAGAUGGAAGUAGUGGUGGUUCCUCUGGAUACUGUGGUGGAGGAUCCAGCUAUGGGAUGGGAGGAGGAUAUGGUGGUGGAUCUUCAGGAUCAAAGAGCAUCAUUGUAGGGGGAGGCAGUGGAGGAUCCUCUGGAUACUGUGGUGGAGGAUCCAGCUAUGGGAUGGGAGGAGGAUAUGGUGGUGGAUCUUCAGGAUCAAAGAGCAUCAUUGUAGGGGGAGGCAGUGGAGGAUCCUCUGGAUACUGUGGUGGAGGAUCCAGCUACGGGAUGGGAGGAGGAUACGGCGGCAGCUCCUCAGGACAGACCAUCAUCAUCAGCUCUGGAGGUGGCAGCGGAGGCUCCUCCCAGCAGAAAUGUCCCAUUGUCAUCCCCAGCAUCGUGUCCCACCAGAGCAAGCAGAGCUCCUACUGGCCCUACAGCCAGCAGAAGUAACAGCCGUGGGCAACUCCGGCUCUGAGUCUCUGCCACGGCACCUCUUUGCCUCCAGCCCUGCCUCUGGCUGCCUGGUCCUUCCCAGCAUGUCUUCCCCUCGCCCCUGGACACUGCAUCCUCAUGUGAGAACUCCAGGAUUCCCCUGCUGUGCCCUGGUGUUGGGGUGCCUUUGAUAAUGUCCUGUUGCUUUUCCAAAGGCACUUUUUAUAUCCAAUAAAUGUAAGUGCUCAAAGCUG